UCAACAGCCACAGCCACACGACGACAGCAGCAAGCGGCAACACCUCAAGAGUCGCACCCUCCAACAAAGCAGCACGGAGUGAUUGAUUUGGUCCUCCUACGGCACUGCUGGCUGUCUAAUAAUUCUAUUCUUUCCAAGCAUUACUGUUCGCCAUGUUCUCCCUUUCCGCCCACUGCGGUCUCGUUGCACAACGACGCUUGGUGCCGUCGGCGGCGAGUACAAGAAUGCUCGUCGAAGUCCAGCAGCAGAGCCCAUCUUGGUCGCCAUUGGCAUCCUCAUCCCACCCACAGGACCAGCAAGUUCGCUUUCGUAGCAAUCGAUCGCGCCGAGGAUUGUACGAUGGAAAAGACAUUCGUUCGGGAAACACGCUUUCGUUCAGUAUGAAGGCCAACAAGCGCAAGUUCAAACCCAACGUGAUCAAAAAGCGCGUCUACAGUGAAAUUUUGGACGAAAUGAUCCCCUUUCAUGUGACGACGGCAGCCUUGCGAUCCAUUGACAAGGCCGGUGGACUGGACAAUUAUCUCUUGAAAAGCAAACAUGUGACGGAAGGUGAGGGAUUGGCGGCCAAAAAGAGGGUCAAGAAUGCCAUCAAAUUUGCAGAAAAACGAGCCAGGAGAGAUGCAGAGCAAAACAACAAUACCAGUACCAGCACCACUGCUCAAGAACAAGACGUGAGUCUCUCCUAGCUACCUAGCUACCAGGCAACAGAGUGGUGAAAUAAGGAAAUGAACGAGUUGGGCAACAAACUGUCUUCAGAGAGUGAUUUGAAGCUGUUCAUUCUAUUUUCUUGCAGAUGGAUUGGCACUCGCCGCAAAACAGCGGCACCAAUUACAUGUAGGUACGGUAACGUCAAUCUUGGAUGUAAAUAACAGAUCAGAAGUUCCUCUUAUAAAAGCGUACUGUAUUAC